AUGUCGAAGGAAUUUGUAGAGGCAUUGGGCCAUAGAAUAGAAUCAUUCUUACCUAAUAGAACUGGUUACACCAUUUCAGAAGUUGAACUAAAUCCACAGUUUUUGGUAACAAGAAAGAUUCUCCUUGGAGGAGACUCAGUAGAAAUUGCAGGGAAUAUACUUUACACCUUUUGUGGGAUUCUUGACACUAUUAAUGAUGAGGCAGGCGGUACAGACUUACGAGAACGUGAUGAAAAUUCCAUUAGUUCAACCCUUAUAGUCCUUAAGCUUCUAUUCGAGUUUGUUAAUCGUACUUGGGUCCUGAAGCACAAUGAAUCCGAUCGCCAGAGAAAGAAUACGAACCUAGAUUAUUCUCGACCAUUUAACUUUGCCCUGUUUUAUCAUUUUAUUCCACCAGCAAAGUUGGACCCAUCAAUUCUACCAUCAUGUAUAGAAACUAUAAUUACACUUUUGUCUACCCAAAUGACAAGGAAAACUCUCGCAUUGGUGAAAAGACCCCCUGCUAUUGAAGAGGCAAUGUUGAUUCGCAACCAAUCACAAGGACCAACGGAGUCCGUCAUGACCGACCCUGCUAGUACAGGUAGUUCUUCAUUUGAAAUCCUUUUCGAUGAUUCCAUCGAUGAAGAUGAAGAAGGUCUCACUCGUCAAGAAAGACACAUACAAGAUAUUGACAAUUAUUGCCAAGUUCUUCUUAAAUAUAUGGCCGUCGCAAACCCUCCUGAUUAUUAUAAUUUUAUUGGCUCAAAACUUAUGGUCUAUUCUCGUAAUGGACGCAAUGUUCCAAAGGAGAUGAUAGCUAAAUAUGCUCCUCUUUUCGAGUUUGUAUUUUAUGAUGAAGUUGUACUGCAAGGACUUGCGAACGACAUGACUCAAUUUCUUCCAUAUAUAAAAUCAAACACAUGGAGACAAGUGGUGCUUAUAUAUUACACGAACACCAUCAAAGAUCAAUGUUUCCUGAGGCCAGAGGAUUACCUUGGAUUAGUAAAUGCAAAUAGUCCAUUAGAAGAUUCUUGCAAAGUAUUAUUUGAUUAUGUUAGUACAAUAUUUGAAAAUCGGAAACAUUUGGGUACCAGUUCCAUGGUUCAAGCUUGGCUUGUUAUCUUAUGUUUAUCAGAUAUAGAUGAGUUUUUUGAUUCUCCAAAUAAAUUGAAACUCGCAUUCAACAAACGACUACGGUUUCUUAAUGAUAUUGUCAAGGAAUCUCAUGCGUUGACAAAUUUGGAUAGUUUUGAUUCACUUAUUCACAUCUUUUACUUAGCUGCAAGACUCCCCAAGGAGCGUUCAGAUCAUCCGGUCUACCAAUUUUGUUUGAAAUAUCUUGACAGCACCUACGAAAGUCUUCACAAAUUACAAGUAUCGUUUACAUCCAAGGAUGCACGAACCUUGUUUGACAACUUGGUUAUCAAUUUAAAUGUCGUGGCCGUGUUAAUAAACGCAGAAAAGUACAUCCCAUUAUUGAUUCAAAAAUACUACCAAUCACUGGGAAAUCUUAGUGAAAUGAAAAUCUUAGUUAAGGUAGUAAAGGGUUUAUCUGAAUUAAAGAAAACACAAGUUGAAUUUGAUUCCUUGAUGAAAAGAUUGAAAACUUCGUUAAAGGGAAUGAUAGUCGGUGCAACUAAAAUAUUAAAUCAAAUGGAUCCCACAGAGAAUAAUAGUGUCUAUAGUGGUGGUGGUAACAGUAAAUACACUAGAAGAUCUUCCCAAACAUCUAUGGCAUCAAGAAAAAAUAGCUUGGAACCCGUGAGCUCUCGUCCAGAAUCUCCACCACCGGGCAUUUCUUCCACUCGACAUAUGAUUGACUCUGCCAUUGAUGACAAGUCAGUACUGGGAAUGACAGUAUCUCUGUCUUCAUCUGCAUCUACGCGUCAAAAGUUGGCGGAAAAUACUGAAGAAGUAUUGUCUGAACUUUUUUACAUUUUCAUACCAGUUCCAGAAGUAUAUUUUAUUGACUUGGAGUUUUUACAAAAGGGUAGCUCGGAAUUCAUCUAUGCUCGAAUUCAAAAACUAUCACAGGAUGUGACAUUACCAUUUAAAUGUGCAUUACAUAGUAAUAAUGAUAUCCUCGUCGACGCAGCUUGUUCAUUAUCAAUGUCUUUGGUGUCGGAAGAAUUCCACCUGGAAUUGAGCGAAAAGGAUCUCGAACCUGUUUUGCUUACGAACUACUUGACCUCAAACUAUAUCAUCCAUUACACAAGUGAAUUAUGUUUACAAUUAUCCUUGACGGAUCCUAAAUUUCAAUCAAGUUUCCUUUUCUUGAAUAAGUUUUUGGAGAACAGAUUAAACCAUCUAAGCAAUAAGGUGUUCAUUAAGGCAUUUUCUGAACUAAAUGAGACAUACAGAAUUGAAACUGGGACAUUCGUCUGUCAUUCAUUGGAGAAAAUAUUACUUCUUUCUCUCUGUACUCAUGACAUACAAUUUUACAAUGUUGCCAAGGAAUCGAUGCGCUUGUAUGUAAAGGGCGUCGAAUCUAUGGGAUCACUUUUAGAUGGUUGCUACAAUAAGAAUUUAUUCAACAAAUUUGUCCAAAUUAUGAAUGAUGAUAGUGUGUUCACUGGGUUUGUUUCGCUUCAUAAGAAAUUCCGUACACUCAUGAGAGACUUCGCACCUUCGCAAACUAUAUUCGACGUGUGGUUAGUGAUAUAUGGACGUUGGGCAGAAAUGUUAGAAGCAAGGAAUAACAUGGAUGAUGAAAAUUUGGUUUUCCGACAUUUUACUGGAUUCUUGGUUUCCAUGAGUGGUUCAUUGAUAUCUGGAGAAUUCUUAGCUGAUAACUCCUUAGAAAGAGACAGAGUGUAUGAAUGUGUAUACAAUUUCUUUGAAAAAUGUAUUAUGUUAUUAACUUCCAAUGAUCUUGUCAUUCGAGUCAUUGUGAAAGAUGCAUUAUCCAACGAAUCACAUCCAACAGUUUAUCAAUUGACUUGUACAAAAUUGAUUGAUAUCAUUCGGAAUUACUUGGAUGAUAAGGUUGUGGAUACGGAAGAAAGAAUCUUGUUCAUUGAGCAAGUCCUUGCAGUAAUGACUUCAAUGAUAGCAGUGAAAAAUGAGGGAUCCUUUAUUCUAGUUGCCCUUUUACCAACUAUUAGUGAGCUUAUUAUUCGAUUUGUUAAUAAAGUCCAGGACCUAUCCGCUACUUUGAGGUUGAAAAUUCGUUUCUGCAAAUUAGGGACAAUUAUAGAGUCAGACAAAGAACGUGUAGGGCUUCGAGGUGCCUUCAGAUUACGUAACGGUAUUGCUCGGGCCACCCUUGAAUGGCUUCUGCAGGCCGUCUUUUAUGAUGAAGCAAUCGAGGAACAAAUUCAUGAUGAAAAUUCAUCAAUUGCUGCAUCCUCUCUAAAAUCUAUCGAUGAUGGAAGCUACGAAACUAGACCAGGAAGAAGAGCAAAUAAAGAAAUGGAAACUAUGUAUUUGAACGUUGAUCUUGCAACAGAAUCAUCAAAGAGUCUUUCUCUUCAACUUGAAAAUUUGAGUUUAGAGAUUGCAGAAGGAACCAAAGAUAAAGAUGUUAAGAAGGCAAAGGAUAUUGCAUUUACAAAUUAUUUCUCAAUAUUAUAUAAAAUCCUUCAAAAGUAUUCGACGGACUCCCAUUCAGUGAAGUCCAAGUACAAGAUUCAUCUUGUGACGGAGAACAUCCUUAGAUGUAUCACUAACAUUCUUCAAGUUGAUACUGAUAUCGGGAUGCAAUUUGUUCUUCCAUUAGGAUUCCAUGAGAAUGAAAAGAUUCGAGCUAUAUUCUUAAAUGUUUUCGCUGAAAUGUUUGCUAAAAGAAAGUAUACCGAAGAAAAGUUAGAAUUCCCAGAUGGAAUUUGUUUUGAAUUUACAGAAUUUGAUGACAUUUGCGGAGCUGCAGCUAAAGUUGCGUCAACCAAUGAACAUAACUUAUUGGCAUCUUCUUUAUUUGCAGUGUUCGGUCACACUAAAAGAUUAGACAAAUUGAUCCACACUCUUUUAUAUGACGAAAUCGAUUUGGUAUCUAGACUGUCAGAUAUUUUUAGACGGAAUAGUACUUUGACGAGAUUGUUGUCUAAUUUUGCAAGGGAUUAUGGUUCAAAAUACCUUGAACAAACACUUGGAUCUUUUAUUCGUGAACUUAAUGAAGAAAAUGUCAUUCUUGAAGUUGAGAAGGUUUCAAAUUCAGAUGAAAAGUCGGACAUUGACGACAAAGAUGCGGAUUUAUUUGUGAAGUAUUUGCGUAAGCUCGUAACGGCAAUUUCAGAAUCUACAGAAUUUGCUCCAAAGUCCUUUAAAUUUAUUUGUCGGGAGAUCUAUAGUUGUGUGAAAUCAAAGAAUGAAGACGACUCUAUUAUCGCAGUGGGGUCGUAUUUGUUUUUGAGAUUCCUCUGUCCUUCUAUUGUGCUGCUGGAUGUAUUUUUGAAUAUCCCAGUUCCAAACCCUAAGGUAAAACGUACGUUGAUGCAACUUGUAAAGGUUAUCCAAAAUAUUGCAAAUGGGUCUAUUAGUCUGUUGAAAUGGCCCAGAUUAGCCAAUAAACAAGAUGAAUUGAUGGAGUUUAAUGGAAUGAUUUUCGAAUUCUUGCGUAAAUUCUCAAGGGCGGAUACUUGCGAAGUCGGCUCUACAAUUGAAGAAUAUCCAUUUGAUCAAGUUGAGCAACCACCAUUAGCAGAGUUCCGUUACUUGCAUAAAUUUUUCUACCAUUACUUCGUCAAUAUCAAAAGCAAAUACAUAUUCUGCGAUCUUCUGGACAACAAAGGAUUGACUCGUCGUAUUGACAGAUUCCGUAAGAUGGAUAAGAUUUUAUCCAUCUUAGGGCAGCCCAAGUCUUUAGUUGCUCUCCAGUUAAUUCCAACUAUCAAAAAUAAUGAUUUAGGAUCGAAUCCAAACUUUGUUGAUUUUAUGAGUAAGCUGGCUUUGAAGUACGGAGACAUACCUACAGAUGUUCCCCUUGUUCAUACAACUAUUUUUGAGGAUGGAACUCCAACCGUUGUGGUCAACUUUGAACCAUUAUACUACACUUACAACAAUGACGAGGAACUUUUACUUUAUCGAAUGUUCGAAACAUGUCUUCAAGUUUGGGACAAUAAGUUUUAUGUCGUAUACGAUUUGACUGAAUCUGAAGUAACAUCUGCAAUGUGUGAAAAUUUUAUUGUUUUAUUGAAAGUCUUUGCGCCGGAACAAUUCUUGAAAAAUUGCGUCAAAUUUUAUUAUUUCAACAUUCCAUUGUUCAAGACUAAUGAGGUUAUGAUGAGCAUUAGAUAUUUUAGAAGUGGAGAUCAUAGUCUGCAUCGUGGAAAGAUUUACACUUUUGGACUUACCGACAAGCCCGACACAAUGAGCAGUUUAGGACUUAGUAGUAGUACUAUGUCAAUUUUACACGAUGCUAGGGUGUCUUUCCAUGAAAAUAUGUUGUUUGACACAGAGUUGGGGAGGUUCGUCCCUGUAACACUCAAAAUUGGCCGGAAGUUCAUACAAGUAUGUUCUGAGGAAAGAUUCAGUUACGAAGAAAAAUUGUGUGAAACUAAUGCAUUUUACCCAAAUUUGGUGAAGAAAUUAACGGAGGUUGUUAAAUGUGAAUCAUCUCCUGAUGAUUCUGAUGCUGGAGAUUCCGAAUUUACCAUUUAUUUCAGGGAUUCGCAUCCGUUGAUUCUCAGAACGCCAAAAAAAUCUGAGAUUCUUCGAUUCCUCUAUUUUGCAACUUCCGGUCAGCAGCAUGAUUUCUAUGGUGAAGAGCAAAAGGAGACUCUAGACACAACCACCGUGCCAUUAUUAUGGUUCUGUCGUCUUUAUAAUACAGUUUUUCAAUCACUUUUAAGUACAAAUGAGGAUGUUCGUUCAUCUGCUGCGUUUUUGUUUGCUGCAUUAUCCAGCUACUUUGGUUUAGACAUGGGAAUAUCAUGCUUACAUGCUAAGAAUAUUGCGUUCCCUACGAAUACAACUGAAUUUAUUGUCAACACUUCUCGUCAAUUGGCUGAUCUCAAGCCAGAACUUACAUACAGAUUUUUCCGUGCUUUCUUUGAUUACUACGAUAAGUUACCAAAGGAACAUAGAGUACUGGCAAUUAUGUAUAUCUCACCUUGGAUUGACAAUGUGUGCGAAUAUAUAUAUCUAGCUGAUAGAGAACGUGGACCAUCCCGAACGGUUGAUAUCAUUCGGCUGUUGUGCAGAAUUUCUGCUAUGGAUAGACACCUGAUUCCUUACAUCAAUGAUUACAUUUGGAAGAAGCUUUUCGGCGAAGGUAGGUUAACUAUGGUUUUGGUUGAUGAAAUAGUUGCCUUUGCUAUCGAUAAUAGAAACGAAGGCCCUGAAUGGUCUUUUGUCAUUGCUGUUGUAUCUCCAUCCAUGGAUGUUUGCGGAGAGUUAAUCUCGCGAUUAAUUACUGCAGUUGGUGAUUCCAAUCAUGAAGGAUCUAUUGUUGCUGCUCAAAGUAAAGCAGUUGAGAUAUCAGUUUUGAUAAAGAUUUGUUCUGCUAUAUUCUUCGAUUCAUAUUCUUAUUCUACCAUGUAUUUGGCAGAUGUGUUCUUCUUUUGCGCGCUACUUGUUAGUCAUUCUUCAAUUGAUGUUGGCACUGAUCUCCAAAGACUUGCUAUAAAUACAGUUCAAUCAUUUUUACACAAACCAGAUUUGUCUGAAGAAGAAGAGCAAAUCAUUAACAAGACACUUCAUUAUUUAUCGGGACAACGUGCUCACCUCUUGUUUGGGCUCUCUCGCGAAACGCAAAGCAAGGAUGCUUCUCAAAUCUUUAAUAGGGCAACUGCAUUUGAAAUUUUGUGUGAGCAUCUUUAUGAAUUCCUGACUGUCAUGGGAACAAACUCCAACAACCUUGCCAAAUGGAGAUCCAAUUGGAGUACCCGUGCAAUCAGCAUCGCAUUCACCAAAUCUUCAGUGUAUCAAAGUAGAGCGAUAUUGAUUGUUGGUUUCUUAUCCAAGGCAGGGGUAAGCGAUUCGCUUGCACUGAGAGUGUUGAGACUCACCAGUCGCGAGAAGAUUGAUUCUCUCACCACAUUCACUUCUCAAGUUGUCAGUGUAUCCCGAUUAAGUGAAGGGUUAAAUGAAAAGUCAGUAUUGCCCCAAUUCCUCGUUUGGCCACAACUUUGUCUUGCAAUCAUGGACAAUAUCGUGCUUUACCCUCCUGCAAUAAACACCCUUACAAACACUCUUCUGAAUGUUUGCUCUGACUUGCAAGGAACAACAUGUGCUGCAAAAAUAUUCUCGACCCGACUGUACUUGGAGCCAUACAUUUCUGAUUUCGAAGCCGGUGAGAAUGUUCGAUUCACCGUCGGCAACUUGUCAACAUAUGUAUUUGUCGUCCUUUGUAAAGGGUUGAAAAUACCUUCUAUUAAACACAUUUCAUUGGAUUGUUUGAAAAAGUUUGUUGUCAACCGUGUGAAACUGGGAGCCAAUCAAAGUUCGCUUUGCUUGCAAUCGUUCUUUUCAUUUGUGUAUUUCUCAUCUUCUGAACCUUCAUUCGCUGCUUAUUGUGAAGAGAUUGGAUUUAAUUAUACUCCUGGAAAAUCACCUGAAAAUGUUCUUGAAUUCUUCUUACUGAAUACAGAUGAUGCAAAGUUUACACUCAUAUUAGCCGCUUAUUUUUACAAAUCCGAUUCGGUGGAUAAUGUCUUCAAGAGUAAUUUCUUGAAUUUAUACAGAGAAUUAUUUUACAAGGACAAGAAUGUUGCCUACUUGGUUUAUCACAUUCUCAGAACUCCAUUCGAGCAAACACUUCUCAAUAAUAAUUCGAUUGAAAUUGUUGAAAAUGUGGCAGAAAUCCUUAUGUCUGUAAUCAAAGAUAAAACCUACUGCAGUGAGACUUCUUCAACUCAAGUCGAGGAACUUUUGGUCACAAACAAUCUCACUUGCUUACGCCAUUGUAACCUCUCAAAGAUUCCAGAUACAUCCAAGACUAUGUUUACCUCGGUUAGAUAUCUUCAAGAAAUGGUUUAUAGAGCGGCAUGUCUGUAUGUUGAAGGUCAACAGUUAGAAGAUUAA